AUGAGCGGCGCAGAGGCUCUUGUGGUCAUCAACAUCAUCACAAAUGUCGUAGCUCUAGUCGGCUUCAGCCGCAGAGUCGUCUCUCAAGUCAGAGAGUAUGGCGAGAAGGCCGAUGAAGUCCCAGAAGCUUUUCGGGAUAUUGAAACUACAUUGCCGCUCUUCGCUAAUACCCUAAGUCAAGUUCAAUGGAGAGUUGAACGCAAAGAUGUUGGCGAAGACUCAUGCAGGGCCCUGAGCCCCGUUCUGAAAGGGUGUGAGAGAAAACUAGAGCAGUUGAAGGCGAUUUUUGAGGAUGUCCUCGUGCAAAAGAACGCCUCCAAACUGGAACGUGGUUGGAAGGCAAUCAAAAGCGCCAGAAAGGAGAAAGAGGUCAAAGAGAUUGUCCAAACGCUUGACAGAUUCGCCUUGCAUUUAAACCCCUACAAUCUCAGAGGACUAGUCGGUCUGGAAGAUAUGCAAUUGUUGACAUCGGCUAUGGCUUCAACGAGUGUCGAGCAACCGGCUGCAAAGCCUCCAAAGACUUAUUUUAUGGUCCCAGUCCAAGUUUCCAAUGAGUUCACUGGUAGACAGGAGGUGAUGGCAUCUUUAGAAGAAAGUCUUUGCCUUGAUGACCAAUAUUCUCGACUGGCCUUGAUCGGCUUAGGUGGUAUGGGAAAGACGAAGAUCGCCUUGCAGUAUGCUCAAAGAUUUAAAAGCCAUCUCGAGGUAUCAGUGUUUUGGGUAUAUGCCGGAACCGUUGAACGUUUCAAAAAUGCCUAUCGCCAAAUAGCACGAAAGCUAGGCAUUCCAGGAUCAGAAAGUCCAGAAGCCAAUAUCCUCGAGCUCGUGAAGGAAAGACUUGAGAGCGCCGACUUUGGCAAGUGGCUGAUGAUUCUCGAUAAUGCAGACGAUGAAGAAAUCAUGUACGGACAAGGUUCUGCUCGUCUUUGUCAACAUCUACCGCGAUCAUAUCAGGGUUCAAUCUUGUUGACUUCUCGUUUCGGCCAUGUUGGGAGGAAGUUCGCGAAAACAAACAUCAUCGAACUUCCGUCAAUGACUUUAGCUGACUCCACAUCCCUCUUGAUCUCGCUCCUUGGCAACAACUUCCCUUAUACACCGAAGGAGUCGUGCAUUGAGCUCGUAGAAGAGCUUUCGCGCACACCUUUGGCGAUCGUACAAGCAGCGUCCUUCAUGCUGGAAAAUGACGUGUCUCUUAACAGCUACCUGGACAUGUUCCGCCAGAGCGACACCUCACAAGUGCGACUGCUGAGUGAGGACUUUGAGGACGAAGUACGAGAUCCUCAAUCCAAAAACCCCAUAGCAACCACCUGGGUCAUCUCUUUUGAGUAUAUCAGGUCGCAUUUUCCACAAGCCGCAGAGUUGCUGUCAAUAAUGAGCAUGGCUGAUGCCCAAGCAAUUCCCGAAUUCUUGAUACAGCGGGACGGGGAAGACGUCAUUUCUUUCAGCAAGGCUAUUGGCACUCUCCGAGCCUUCUGUUUCAUUACUGAGAGACAGAAAUCUGAGGACGCUGAUCUACAAAGCCGGCUCUUCGAUCUACACCGAUUGGUUCGCCUUGCAAUGCGGAAUUGGCUCAAAACAAAUCAUGAGUUCCAUCAGUGCUUACUACGGACAGUGGAAAUUUUCACUUGCAAGUCCUACCACCGAGAAGAGAGCUUGAAAUAUAGCAUCUCAUCUUUGAUCAUGCCACAUAUCAUGGAAAUACUAAAAGCGGAUCAACUACAGCCUUCCAAUGGCACAAUGCCUCUAUCAGAAAUACUUUCGAAUUUGAACUUGUGGAACGAUGGUCAUCUUUUCGGGGAUGCAUGGAAUGAAGAGAUGGGAAGUGAUGACAAAGACGAGGAUGACCACUCUGAAAAUGGUGAUUCUGCGGAAGGCAUCGACGACGCCGAAAACGACAACGACGCCGACAAUGGCAAAAGCGACGACGACGUGGAUACGAAGGCUCUCAAUCAUGCAUCAGAACUACUCUGCUAUGCUUCUCGGAGGCUUCUUGAGAUUUCAAACCCUGCACAAGCGAAGAUCUACGCGACCAAAAGCUUACAAAUUAGUACUCAAGUUGGCCUUGAAGGUAGUGGUGCGAUGUCUGACAGCAUAGGGAGCUUAGCAAAUAUCUUAGAAUACAUGGGUGGGCUAAACGACGCAGAGCAGCUUCGAAGAAUACAUCUGCGAUUCUCGGAAGCCAAGUACGGGAAAUACGAUGUGAGAUCGUUGAGAAGUCUACGAAGAUUAUAUCUCCUGAUCACUAUCAAGUCGAAAGAACAGGGAGCCUGCAAGGCUAGGGAUCUUUUGCUAAAACGGUUGCAGAAGUAUUUACUUCUCAACAGUGGGAAAGAGGAUCCAUUCAUGCUACUGAAUGCUGGAAAUGGCCAAAUCUUCUAUGGAAACCUUGCCGAGGCUGAAAGCUAUUUCGCGUUGUCUCUACAACGCUUCCAGGCAAUCCACAGUGAUAGGGGUUACAUGGCGCUGGACGGUCUGGCUGAUACAUAUCGUCGUCAGUCCAAAUUUAACGAAGCGGAAAGAACUCAAAGGCAAGCCUUAGAAGCUGCAAUCAGGUUUAAAGGGCCAAAGUCCCUCUUAGCAAUAUUGUACAGAAUUUCUUUGUCCAAAAUUUUGGUUGCGGUGGGGAAGAAUGAGGAAGCAAAAAUCGAAGCAUCAAUCUCCCUCAAUCUGACUCAGGAAAUCCACGGUCCGACAAGUAAGAAAUACCUGCUGGCAUUGGAUAAAUACAGAAGUAUACCCGACGAAUCAGGGAAAUAA